AUGUUCAGGAUAAGACGCAACAACUACGACGGCCUGCGGCCCGUUUCGACAUACCUCUUGCCGUCGUUUCCCAGCCUCGACUGGAUCCGAAAGGUCUCGGCCGCAACGGCGCAAGACGCCACAUCCCUGGCGACGUCGCCACGAGAGAGCAUCGCUUUACCGAGCGCCGCCCCGAUUGACACAGACCAUGACUACUUUGAAGCCGUGACCGACUCGCAUCGGCUUAGUGUCGCCUCAGCGGCAUCUUCAGCGUCGGCAGCCACCGUCACAUCCACCGGCAGCCAAGCUACGGCACCUUCCUUGUCGACAUCCCUCUCGACCUCGCCCAGCUCUGACAUCUCCGUUACACCCCAAAGCCUCUUUGGUGGCCCCAUAGCCGCGCCAUUUCCCGUCUUUGAUACCAUCGACUACCAACAGCCAGGCUUUGCCGCGUUCCGCAAUGACGACGGGCCACUAGAGACAGGCGCGGCAGCCCCGUCCAUGGACAAGUCGGGUCCACAAGUGGAGACGCUGCGAAAGCAGGACAGUCGUCCCUCUCGCUCUCCACACAUACAAACACAGACGGCUCCUCUCGCCGCGCCUGCUCGCCACAUCCAGCGCGUCUUCCCCACGACCCUACGCUGCCGCCGCUGCUCCGCUGACCUCGCCUUUGCUGCCCAGGUCGUCUCCAAGGGGUUCACCGGUCGCCAUGGCCGCGCCUAUCUCGUGUCGGCACCUGCCACAUCGCCGAGUCACCUUUUUGCUCCGGAGGUCAAAGAAGCGAGGAGUGACAGGGAGGAUGACGAUGACGACGACGACGAUGAUGGUGAUGAUGAUGAUGACGACGACGACGGAGGUGGCGGACACGCUCUCCGCCUCAAGCCGGGCCGCGCGCGCGAUUUGCCCAACAUCUUGAUCGGCCGCUCCGAGAACCGCCGCCUCGUCACCGGCGCCCACGUCGUGGCCGACAUUUACUGCGCUGUGUGCCGGUCGAAGCUGGGCUGGAAGUACGUGGAUGCGAGCGACCCGGCGCAGCGGUACAAGGUGGGCAAGUUUAUUUUGGAGAUUGCGCGGCUGGCGACGUACCACAGUUGGGAGGAUGUGCCUUUGCGUGAUGCCCGCGGGGUGGGCGGAGCGGGCGGAGAGGGAGAAGAGGGCGUUGCGGACGACGAAUUGGAGACUGCCCGUUCCCCCAUCAGCGACCCGCUCGGGGCGGUGCGGCAGUUGAUGGCCCGCUACCAACGGCUCCGUACCGGUGAGACUACGGUUGACGUUGAAGAGGAAGGGAAUUCUGAGGAUGACGGCGACAGCGACGUCUACGCCCCCAAGCGCAACGGUCUCAUCGAGUUUGACUCAGAAGACGAGGACGAGUGCGAGGACAUUUUCAUGGGCACGUGGGACGCCGACGUCGUGGCCCGGCGCCGGGCCGCGAAGCGGGCCGAGUUGCUGUUAAAGAGUUUCAAAAAGUGA